AUGGCUACGGCGAGUGUAGACUCGUUGCUGAAAGAGCUGGUGGUGGCAAGGAAGGAGGUAGAGGAGCUGGAGCGGCUGGUGGGGAAGGAGCCGGGAGGUGGUGGUGGUGGUGGUGCGGAGAAAGAGCUGCAGGUGGGGAGAAACAGGGUGACGACGUUGACGGCGGCGUUGGAGCGGCUGGGCGCAACGCGGGCGGAGAUCGAAGCGACGGACGGCCCGAGUGCUCGGGAUCGGUUGGAGCUGCUGACAGGCGAGUCAUUUGUGCUGUACGGCUUGGCGCUGCACGACUACGCGCCUACCGAUGAUGGUGCGGUUGGGUUUCACCGCGACGAUCUGCUGUGCAUUUCGGUCCGGGGCGGCGAGGGCGAGUGGUGGAUGGCCAAGGUCGGCUUGACCGGCCCACGAGGAGCCAUUCCAGGCUCAUAUGUCGAGGUUGUGUCGCCGGAAGUAGCUCUGUCGGUUGCGCAGGCGAGCGCAGGCGAGGCCAAGGGCAAGACCAAGAGCAAGGGCAAGACCAAGGGCAAGACCAAGGGCAAGGGUAAGGACAAGACCAAAGGCAAGGGCAAGGCUGGUGCUGGCACGUACACAGUUGUUGCUGCCUACGACUUUGCGCCUGCUGCCGACCAGGCGACCGCCAUCCCGCUGGUCAAGGGCAGGCGGUACAUUGUGACCGACGGAGUCUCGUCCACCGAGUGGUUGUACGGGUACCCAGAGGACGGAUCAGCAAGCAAGCAAGGCGACUUUCCGGCAGCGUUUGUGAUCCGCGACGACGAGCCGACAAUCGACGAGUCCGAGCCGGCGUAUGGUGUUGUACAGGCCGACUACACGCCGGCGGCCGACGUGGAGAACGGCCUGCGGCUGCGCAAGGGCGAGUUUGUCGUCCUCACUGAUGCUGCCGACAGCGGGUGGUGGCUUGGCUACGCUGACACCGACGCGAGCAAGACUGAAGGUGUCUUCCCGGCCAGCUUUGUCAAGAAGCUCUCGGCAGCCGACUACCAAACGCUGACCGACAACGCGCGCGCGUCGGUGGCGCCGGAGACCGUGCUCGCCGAGCUAGAGCCUGGAGAGAAGGCCGUGGCUCGGUACGACUACGCUCCUGAUGCCUCGCUCGACUCGGCGCUGCCGCUGACCAAGGGCGACAUCAUCUUCCUCACCGACUUAACCGACGCCAAGUGGUGGGUCGGGGUCCGCCGGUCGGAUCCGCACCUGCUCGAGGGUGCAUUUCCAGCAAGCUAUGUCAAGAAAAUCUCCGACGAUAAGUACGCCAAGCUCGUCUCGCGCGCUGAGCGCAAGAACGCAUCGUCGAUCAAGGGCAAGGACAAGGCCAAGGCCAAAGACAAGGCCAAGGCCAAGAACUCGCACGCGGCCGAGCCUGUGUCCAGCCCCGCGCCCACCGACAUUCCUGCUGAUGCUCCUGCCGAGGCCGACUUGCUGUCGGAUGUGACCCAUCUGGAGUCGAGCCUCGAAAAAGCUCUGGUCCAGUUUGACUACACGCCUGACGCGUCGAUCAACGGCGGUAUGCCGCUGGUCAAGGGUGAGCUCGUCCUCCUCACCGACGCCGGCAACAGUGACUGGUGGCUCGGCAUUCGGCGGGCAGACCCUACUCUCGCCGAAGGCGUCUUUCCCGCAAACUACGUCAAGAAGAUCACCGACGCAAAGUACCAGCGGGUGCUCAACCGCGGCUCGACCUCGCACUCGCAAAAGUCCAAGAAGAGCAAGAAGGUCAAGGCCAAGUCCAAGGCCAAGGCUGCAGUCGAGACGAGCAAGAGUGUUCAGUUUGCCGAGCAUCCGCCGUCGGACAAGGCUCGUCGCAAGGUCAGGCGCCGCAAGCCGACGGCUUCAGGCCACCACAAGGCUGUCGACUCGAUGGUGGCACCGCUCAUGGAAAAGCGUCGCGGGUUUGUUGCCGAGCUGGCAGCAACAACAGACGAGGAAGAGAAAGACGACCUCCGGAGUCAGAUUGCGGACAUCACUGAGACGCUGCUGAUGCUCGGAGUAACCAAGACCGACAUGGACGCGCCUCCCCGGAGCUCACAGGUCGAGUACGAGUACGUGUACGAAGAGGACGAGCCGGUACCUCCGAUGCAGCCCGAAUCUGCACGCAGUGAGCCCAAGCCGCUGUCGGUAACGCCGAGCGUCGGCAAAUCUGGUCCAAGUGGAGCCCAGCCGGCAGAGGCAGCGCCGAGCAAGUCUGGAGCGAGCGAGGCCAAAAAGAACGAAGUGCUCACGCUGUAUCAGGUGUCCGACGACGAUGAUGAUGAAGAUGAUGACGACGAGGCAAUUGAGUCUGGUGCGCAAGCUGGAGGUGGAGUGACCUCGUCCGAGUCAGACGUAGACCUCUCGUCACCGGGUGCGCGCGCUGUGCUGGGUACACUUCUUAAGCGGGAGGAGGCGCUGCUGGAGACGCUCUCGCUGUUGCUGGACGAGGUGCAGCCGUACCUGAUGCGAGCCGAGUUUAUCUCGGCCGAGCACGCGGACGUCCUCUUCUUUGGCCUCGAUCUGAUCCGUGAGGAGCACGUCAAGUUUGUUGGACAGUUUGCUGGUGAGCGGCGGUCCGGGUCGGCGUCGGUGUCGGCGUAUGCCAAGGCGUUUGCGGCACACAUGGCUGACGCUGAGUACCGCAGCGAGGUCCUCGACCUGUACCUAGAGUUUUUCCAGCGGUCGGUUGUGCACGCCGGUGAGCAUGCGGCUGCGCAGCCGGACAUGGUGGUGGAGCUGGCCGAGCACGGGGUUGCGCCGCGCAACCGCGACGGCCGCGAGCUUUCGGGCCUCCUGUACCUGCCGUUCAAGCACUACGCUGGAUACGCAAUGUCGUUUGAGCGGCUGCUCGCCGAGACGCCUGCGUCGUCGCAAGACUACGCGCCAGUCUCGCAGGCACUAGAUGCGGCGCGGCUGUUGGCUGCGACGAUUGCCGGGCUCAAGACCAAGCCGCGCGGCUCGCAGCUUGUCUUUGCGCUGCUCGACGUCCAGAUCUCGCUUCAGUUUGCGCCUAUCACACUGCUUGCACAACCGAGACGGCGGCUCUUGGCUCGCGGGCCCUCAGCGGUGUUGACGACCGGCAUGGAAGUGGACAAGGGCGAGUUCUUGCUCUUCAACGACCUACUGGUGUGGUCGUCGAUGGUGCCGUCGACCCGAUACGCCGGCCACUGCUCGGUGGUAGGCGCAACGGCGGCGCGGCUGGGCGACGGUGAUACCCACGGCCGGUUCCGGCACGGCGUAGGAAUUUCCGGCGGCGAAGCGUCGCUGGCCCUCAAGGUCUACUGCCGGUCGGAUGCGCAGGCCAACGAGUUGGUCUCAGCUGUCAACUACUCGGUGGUCAAGCCCGGAUGGGAGCGCGGCCCACCGGACUUUGACAUCAUUUGUCCCGAAAAGUACGACAUUGCUGGCGAGCGCAAGAGCAAGAAGAAGAAGAAGAAGGGCAAGAAAGGCAAGAAUAGCAAGAAGUCGGCGUCUAGAAAGGAAGCUCAGCCGACAAAGGAUGCGGCCGAGCCUCAACCGGUGCCCGUGGCGGCGGAGCCUCAACCGGUGCCCGUGGCGGCCGAGCCUCAGCCGGUGCCCGUGGCGACCGAGCCUCAGCCGGUGCCCGUGGCGGCCGAGCCUCAACCGGUGCCCGUGGCGACCGAGGAGCCCAAAGCCAAGGCCAAGGCCAAGGACUCGUUCAAACCGCGGAUCAUCCAGCCAAUGUCGAUCAUCAUGGAGGAAUCCGGUGACGAGUUUGACGAGACGGAUGUCGUUCGGCCAUCCGCACCUAAAACGCCGAGCUGCUCGCGAUCGCGAUCGCGCUCGCGCUCGCGCUCGCGGUCACGAUCGCGAUCGCGGUCGGGAAGGAAGCUCUCGUUGUCGAGCGCGGAGCGGUUUGGGCUCGAAGCGCACAUACACGACGACGCUGUGUCGGGCGAGCUUUCGUCAUGUGGAACAGACCCAAACAUGGACUCGUUUGUGGCGCCGCGAACGAUUGCGGACCGGGUCUCCGGUCGCGAGACGCCGAUCAAGGCGAUCAAGAGCCCGUCGGUGACGCGUGAGCAGUCGCUCGGCUCGCGACUCUCGCGCAUGCUCUCGAUCAAGCCGGACUCGAUCGAGGUGGAGCGAGCGGGAGCAAGCGCAAACGCGGCACCGUACUCGCCGGUUAUUGCCACGCCGCCGUCGUCGCCCGAGGCUGACCAUGGUGGGUUUGCCAUUGCGGUCAGCCGCGAGCAAGCCGCUUCCGACGAGCAAUCGCGCGGACGUUCAGGCUCGCGGUCGCGGUCUCGGUCGGCGAGCGUGUCGGCCACACGCUCGAUGUCCCGCGAGUCGCGGGCACCGGUCAUGGUUGUGGGCGAGGACGGCCGAACGUACUACAAGCACACUCGAGUCAAAACUAAGACCAAGACGGUGCGGCGCAAGCGGCCGAAGCGGCGGCACUCAAAGAAGGACGCCGAGACAGCGUCGCCGCUGCCGUCGGCGUCGAUGACUCAGGAAGACGAAAUUGCCGACAGCGGCGUGCGGACUGUUGCGUCGCUGGCAGAACAGUCAGAUUCAGGCUCGCGGAUCAUGUCUCGGCGGUUUGAGGACCUCAUGUCGACUAUCAUCGACUCGGACGCAAGCUCUGAUGAGGACGUUGCCGAUGGUUCUCUGCUGUUUGAAGGAGAGGCGAAGAAGCUGUUUGUGGAUCCGGUCGACGAGGCGUACCGUGGCCUCGGCUCCGGUAUGCACCAAGUGGCGCGGGCGCUGGAGGUCUUUGCCGUCUUUGAUCUCCCGCUCCUCGACCGAGGCAAGAAGAUGGUCGAGCGGGUGUCUGCCGCGCUUGAUGCCACCCAGCUCGUGGUCAACGCACAGCUCGGGCUCGGCGGCGACAAGCCUGGGCCUGACCCGUCUCCCGACACCGACGCCGGUGCUGUGGAUGCGUUUGCGGUGCUGUGGACCAAGGCCGUGGCCUCGUUUGUGACGCUUGGCGAGGCGCUGGUGGCCGGGAACCCGUCGCUGACCACUUCGCUGAUGGGGUCGGACGAGAGCCUGGAGGAGAUGAAUCCGAACGUCGAGGUGGGUGAGACGCUCAAAGCCCUCCUUGCCUCGUACUACGAUCUGGUUUAUGCUGGCUAUGGGCCAGAGAGCAGCGACGAGGCGCGGUGGGGGGUGAGGGACGAGCACGUGCGAGUGGUGCGGGAGCUCGAAGCCACCGCAGGCCGGCUUGUGGUCCGUGCGAUUGCACAGAUGGUGUACGCACCGGGCGCGAUUCGCAAGUUUACACCGCACUCCCUGCACACUGUCGGCCUCGACGCGUUUGAGGCGCUCCACACUGCUAUUGAGAGCUACGAUGCGGCCGAUGGUGACUAUGCGGGCGAUGGCGACGACGUGGCGAGCAAGUCGGUUGAAGAAGGCCGCAGUGAUGACGAUAGAGUGCAGUCUGAGCAGGACUCACUGCCCAACGUCGGGCGCGAGCUGGCGGAGGAAGAGGCAGCAGAGCAGGCAGCGCGCGAAACGAGCAUGUUACCGCCCGAAGUGGGCACCUCCCUUGCGGCGAUGCGGGCGCGGAUUGCGUCGCUGGUUCCGCAUGUGGCGACAGGCGGAAGUGUGGCAGACGCCUACGGCUUCCUUGUCUCUGCAGGCGUCAUGCUGACAACCAAGUACCACGACUUGUUGGUCCAUCCGGCGUUCUUUGCCGACUCAAACUCGUUCGUGGCGCGGCUCGGGGCGGUGCUACGGCUGCUCGCAGCUGCGUUCAAGAGCAUGGCGUACGCCGGAGGCGAGCCGCGGGCGGCGAUGGCGGCCGGGACGGAGCUGGCGAACCAGCUCAACUCGUUUGUGGGCCUCUCGUUUGGCAUUGUCAACCACCUUGCGAUGGAUCCGCGGCUUCGUGCCGAGUCAAAGGAGCGGGUACGCGCACUCGCGGACGCUGCGGUGUGGCUGGUGGCGUCAUGUGCGCGGUACGCAGCGAACCCGAUGUCGAAGCUGGUGGCACUAGAGCACUCGACGGUGGUCGUGCAGAUGGCGGAGCUGACGCGACUGGCAGCGCUGGACAUGGUGGAGCGUGUGGUGCAGCUCGCGGCGCUGGAGCGGCCGCCGUCGCCGCCGCUGCUGCUGAACAUGUCAGGCGAGGCGUCGGCAGCGCGGCGUGCGUUUGACCGCGACCGGUACGCGGCCCUUCUCGCGGCGCACGCGUCACCGUCACCGUCGCCGGUGCGCGAGCCUGCUAGUGGGGGCGGGUACAGUCGGUUUGGCGGGACGCCCGAAGUGGAGCGGCCGGUCCGACUGGCGGUGGGCGACUCGCUGCGGCUGGAGCGAGUUUCCGAGUCGCCGCACCCUGGGCUCGAUCUCAAGCCGGACGGCACGCUCGUGGAGCAUGUGCGAGCCGACGAGCUACACGGAGAAGCUGUGCAAGCGCCGGCGACCAACCUGCUUUCGCGGUUUGUGUCGCCAGCUCGCGAGACGACGCCCAGCGGAGACCGCUGGGCUGUCUCGCCGUCGCAGCAGCGAGCUGUUGCAGCAGACGAGCCACCGAUGCACGCUGCGGUGGCGGCUCCCUUGUCUGAGCUUGAUGCUGAGGCCGAUGCCAAGGCUGAGGCCAAGGCCGAGGCAUAUGCACCGUUUGUGGCGGGCGACGUGUCGGAGGUCGAGGUGUACGACUCAUUUGGCGGAGUGGAAGCAAGCACUGGGGCAACACCUCAGUUUGUGGCACGAGAGGAGCUGCGGCCGUUCUCUGUGGUGGGCACGGUGUUCCGCGACGCAGACUUGCUGUUUCCGCACUUUGUGCAGGUGGGAGCGGCGUUUCGGCGGCUGGAGGAGCAGCGGCUUGUGACGAGCCGAGUGCUUGUGGAGCAUGUGCGCGGAACGUGGAACGGAGUGCGCGAGAUGGUGCAGGACCUUGCGCCCGGAUCGCCGUCGGUGGGCAAGAUCACAGUGCAUUACCUUGCGCUUCGAGUGGCUGUCAACAAGUUGGUGCAGGCGACGACGAACGCGAUCCGACGGUACAACAGCGAGCUGGAGGGCGCAAUGCGCGGCGAGCCGUCGCCGCUGGGGCUGACGGCCGACAUGCCGCCGCACUUUGCUGCGGCAUCGCAAAGCGAGAUCGACCGAACGUUUGACAACGUCAAAUCUGCAUGUCUGGCGCUCCUACGCGCGCCUCGUGACUCUGUAGCACGAUCGCAGGUGUUCGAGGCGCUGGAGCCGCUCGGGGUGGCGCUCACGCCCCUGGAGUUUGACCUUGAGUUUGCACGCGCGCUCUCAGCGCGGUUGGAGGCGGGACAGCGCAAGGACUCAUCUUGUGCGAUAAUGUAG